AUACGAAGCCAGAAGAAAGUUCAAUGAAAGCAUGGCUCAGCCCAUCGACGGCACGGCACGAAACUAUGCGCUUAGAAGUGGGCCCACUAAUCGUAUCCCUUCUGCCUAAUUUCAUUUCGAUGCCAGAUUCAGCUCAAUGUAUCUGGACAAAUUCCGAAAUGCUUAGACAGUUUAGCUUUAAGUCCACCAAACUCGUACCAUUCACGAAGCAUUUGCAAAAGGACAGUGAUUUUGCUAGGACUCAAAAGGUUGCUUCCUCUUAUCCAUCUCUCAUGGCCACCAUAUCCACCGUACCCGCCCAGAACGAUGCCCUUCCUACUCAAAACGACUCUGCCCAAAAGCCUUUACAGGUGGCAAAGCGCUUGGAAAAGUUCAAAACAACAAUCUUUACACAAAUGAGUAUGCUGGCGAUCAAACAUAGAGCCAUAAACCUUGGCCAAGGGUUCCCCAAUUUUGAUGGCCCAGAGUUUGUUAAGGAGGCAGCAAUUCAAGCUAUUAAGGAUUCAAAAAAUCAAUAUGCACGCGGACAUGGAAUUCCUGAAUUUAAUGCUGCUAUUGCUGCACGCUUCAAGAAAGAUACUGGACUUGUGGUUGAUCCUGAGAAGGAAGUUACAGUUACAUCUGGGUGCACAGAAGCAAUUGCUGCAGUUAUGUUGGGUCUAAUAAAUCCCGGUGACGAGGUUAUCCUUUUUGCUCCUUUUUAUGACUCUUAUGAAGCCACCCUCUCCAUGGCUGGUGCCAAAAUAAAAUGUAUCACAUUGCGCCCUCCAGAUUUUGCUAUUCCCAUUGAUGAACUCAGGUCUACCAUCUCGAAGAAUACUCGUGCAAUUCUCAUAAACACUCCACACAACCCCACUGGAAAAAUGUUCACAAGGGAGGAACUUGAUAUUAUUGCAUCUCUUUGUAUUGACAAUGAUGUACUAGUUUUUACGGAUGAAGUCUAUGAUAAGUUGGCUUUUGAAAUGGAUCACAUUUCUAUGGCCUCUCUUCCCGGAAUGUAUGAAAGGACCGUGACUAUGAAUUCCUUGGGCAAGACAUUCUCCUUAACAGGUUGGAAGAUUGGGUGGGCAAUUGCUCCUCCACACUUGACUUGGGGAGUGCGGCAGGCACACUCUUUCCUGACCUUUGCUACCUCCACUCCAAUGCAGUGGGCAGCUACAACAGCUCUUAAGGCCCCGGACUCAUACUAUGAUGAGCUGAAGAAGGACUAUAUGGCAAAGAAAGCAAUACUGGUGGAGGGAUUGCAGGCUGUAGGUUUCAAAGUAUUCCCAUCAAGCGGUACGUACUUUGUGGUUGUAGAUCACACACCUUUCGGACAUGAGAAUGACAUUGCUUUUUGUGAGUAUCUGAUUAAGGAAGUUGGGGUGGUAGCAAUUCCGACAAGUGUAUUUUACUUGAACCCGGAAGAUGGAAAGAAUUUGGUGAGAUUUACCUUCUGCAAAGAUGAAGGAACAUUGAGGGCUGCAGUUGAAAGGAUGAAGGAGAAGCUGAGAAGAAAAUGAUGUAGUAAAUGUAUUGUGGGACUUGUAGUGAAAUUUUAUUGAAGGUGGUUGCUACUUGCCCUUACGGUAAGUGUCUAUAAUAAUGUGCUCAUUAUCUGAUGGAAUUUGUUUUUGGCCCUGGGAGUUUCUCAGGAAGGUUGUGCAUUUUUGUACUCUCUGGAGAUAUCCUUCACCUUGUAUUCUCAUGAAGAUCAUCUCGAAGCAUUCUGGAAAUUUAAGGAUAAACUGCCAUAUUUUUCUCA